AUGAGUCUAAACACUGUUUCUGUUCCAAACACCUUAUCUGAGGCAUUAUCACGAAAAGAAUGGAAGAAUGCUAUGAGAGAGGAAAUGGAUGCACUAGAGAAAAAUAAGACAUGGGAGAUUGUUGACAAACCGAAGGGAAAGAAUCUUGUAGGUUGUAAAUGGGUGUUUUCUCUGAAGUACAAGGCUGAUGGCUCACUUGAAAGAUAUAAGGCAAGAUUUGUCGCUAAGGGAUACACCAAGACUUACAGAGUUGAUUAUCAAGAGACGUUUGCUCCAGUUGCAAAAAUGAACACUGUGAGAAUCUUAUUAUCCGUGCAACCCACUUUAAUUGACAACUUUAACAAUAUGAUGUCAAGAAUGCUUUUCUACACGGCGAUCUACAAGAAGAGAUCUACAUGA